AUGACCAUUCCACAACGGUUUGUUGUGACACACUUUUCCCCUUGUCAUUAAUACAAUGUUGGUGAUAAUGUCCAGUUCGACGUUUCAAACUGCUUGUGCUUUUUCAUUUUGCUCAUCACAAGCCAGUACGUGCUUAUAAUUCGAAGUACUUAAAUCAUUUCUAUAUUUGCGACUCGGGGUGAGAAAUAGUCGACGCACACGCUCCUCAUACACAAAGGACGGUCGUGGUCGUAGUCUCUCUUGCGAAUGGUGUAUUUGUUAACAGUGUGUUGACAUAUUUUACGGUUUUGGCUAUUUUGAGGUUACACCACGAGAAAGACUAGAUCCUCAUUAGGUUUGUAUAGGAGACAUACACCGUAUCACCACUUCUUGGGGGAAAUUCAUCUGAGCUCGACGACCGGCCGUUUAUUUUUUUCUCGAGGGGCGACCAGUUUUAUCUGAGUACUUGAUAAAAGUCCGGACUUGGUGGAUGAUCUUGCCCGCAGCGCGAUGGAGCAUUCUUUGUACGGGGGCAGCGCGGCGCCCGUCCUGCAUCACUACCCCAGUUCGUUAUCAUCGGGAUCACAGCUUCAACAUGCACCAUACCAGCGACCGAUAACAAGUGCUUACUUGCCGCUGGGUAGCGUACCGUAUCAACCCUCCCAUCAACCCACGACGCAGUACCACUCGCACCAGCAUGACUGGCCGGGCGUUCACGUCCCAAGCACGGCCGACCACUUGGGUAGUACGGCCCAUCACACCGUGGCCAAUAUGACACUGUGUCAUCCAGCACGCAAUGACUAUUUAACUGUAACGUCUUCGGCAAUGGCUGAAGCGUCAAAAGUCCGAGAAAUGGGAGGGAGCGUGUCGCCUGAGUCGGUGCCGAGCCCGACGGCGCAAAGUAACGGGCUGAUGGACAGCAGUCAUGAGGAUCACGGAUCACUGGAGAAGGGGAAUCACAAGAAAGGCAAUAGCGGAGAUCAGGGGUACAAACUCGACCUGAACUCGAAACCAAGGAAAGAGCGGACGGCGUUUACCAAAGACCAGAUCCGGGAGCUUGAGACGGAAUUCAGCCACAAUAACUACCUUACGCGCCUGCGCAGAUACGAAAUAGCAGUCACGCUCAACUUGACAGAAAGACAGGUAAAGGUGUGGUUUCAGAACCGACGUAUGAAGUGGAAACGAUGCAAAGGAGCCCGCGACAAGGACCUAGCCGAGAAGCGACUUCAGGCCAUGGAAGCCAAAAUCGGUCUCCCACCCGGCAGCUCUAGCGCCCUCACCGCCGGAGGAGCGACCAUGCCCGGACACGUGAUCACGUCUAGGAACGGACUCAGAAGCCCACACGAGAUGAACGGAUACCAUGAGGACAGCGGUGGGCUGAGUCCGCCUGAUAGCUACGGGAAUCCCGAAACCGAUUUCAAGUGAAGAUUAUGUUUUUUUGUCGGACUUUGACUGUUGGUAACUCUAACUCUUACCAUUUUAAAAAAAGCACCCGCGUUUAUAAACUCUCCUCCUUUGGCUCGGGUCUUGUAUAUAAACCUUGGAAGAUGAAGUCAUCAUCGGCUGUGAGGAGAAACAAGUUGCUAGGCCCUUCUUCGCUCCUCCUCCAUCAAUGCAUAUGAUCCGCUCUGUGCACGAGCAGUUCGAGGUGCACUCCAGACACUCAUCCUGCCGCUGGCAAAUGAGAAUGAGGACAUAGUUGCUAGGACCUUCUUCGCUCCUCCUCCACCAAUGCAUACCUGCUCUGUGCACGAACAGUUUGGGUGCACUUCAUAAAACUCAUCCUGCCGCAUAAAUGAGGACAUACUGUACUUCAAUAACUCUUGUCAUCUUCAGUCCCCUGCCGCUGGCAUGAGGACUGGCAUUUCAAACCGAAGUUCAUUUCGCUACACUUCCAUUGUGGUUGUUGACUUGUGGAAUCUGUGUUUAUUUCAUUGUUGGGGCAUCAACAACUUAGCUAGUUGUCGUCGCUAGAGGGCCGAGACAGUGAUGAUCUCGUUGCAGACAGGUCAACGAUGUUACUUGUAGCCACAUGAACAUGUGAUAAGUCCAAAGCCCGGAUUCAAGGAAUCUUACGAAGACGAGGUGCAACUGGAACUUAAUCAAAUAGCGUCAUAGUGCUUGUCCCCAAACU